AUGAAUAUUCAGCCCCCUAAUUCUAGCAGCAUCAAGAGUAGGUUUGCAGUGAAGUUUGUUCAAGCAAUGAAGAGGCUGAGCAAGAGAAGAGGCAUGGGAGAUAGGUACAAAAGAUACCGGGCGACGAGAGCAGCGGCGCGCGUGUCCUUGGCAGCUGCAGUGGGGCCGGAGAGGGCGUGGAGCCGGGCCGUGCUGAGGAGGAUCAAGAAGAGGCGUGGAUUGAUUGGGAGGACGACGACAAACCCUAGACGAAACCUACGAGGAUUGGUGCCCGGUGGAAAAGGAAUGGACUAUUGCAGUUUGUUGAGUGAAACUGCUCAUUACAUAACAUGCCUUCAAGCACAGGUACAAGUUAUGCAAGAUAUGCUACACCUCUCUUCCCCUUGA